UGCACGUUUGAAGUUCGCAUUAGAAGGGAUUGUGUGAUCCAUAAAACGCUAGAACGGCUUAAAUGAGUAUGCUAGUUAGUAAAAACAUCGAGAGUGUGAUACCAAACACCGGACGAACAUCCUGCCUAACACAUCUUUCGGCGCCUUUCCAUGGCCCACGUGACCCGUCAACAGAAGACACCGGAAACAGUACGAAUCUGACAUCUUUGUAGUGGUACGAAGUCUCCUACCGAAGAUCACGUUUUCAAAAGACGUAAGAAUCAAACCGAAACUUCAAGUUGGAUUUAAUUCAAGUUAUUUAAAAGAAAACGUUUGCAUAUUUUUUAGAAACUACACAUAGUGUUUUAUGGAUAUUAAACCUAGACUCUUUCAUGCAACGUGCCUGGAUAUAUGAAAUAAACAUGGAGAAUUAUUUCCCUCCAUCUAAAUGAUUUAAACUCUACAAAAUAUUAUAAGCAAAAUAAGAAACAUUAUUAUAAGAAAAAUGAGAACAUGGCUCCUUUUCGUUCUUCUGUUACACUGCGUAACAGAAGUGCAUUCAAUGAUCGAGCACAUACCGCUCCCAGACCGGUUACAGGAGUGCUUUGCUCGCUACGCGCACCGGACGUCCAUCGUGGAGACGGUCGGGGAGUCCAUUUCCGCCUCCUGUGUCGGUCAGUACACGUGGACCGCUGCGAGGGAACAUGUGAUACCGGGGUUCAACAUCUCCCGAGAGGCGUACAACUGGGUGCAAGGCCUGGCGUCCCGGACGGAGCUCCAGAGCCGCCACCGCCGGCAAGCCAUGGGCCUGAGGGUCCGAAAGGAGUACCGGCGACUCACGGAUCAGGAGCGCAUUAACUUCCACCGCGCCGUCAACAUGUUAAAGGCAGAUACGUCCGUGGCACCGAACAUGUACGAUGCGCUGUCGGCGAUCCACCAAGGCAUAAUGACGACGGCGGCCCAUGGCGGCCCCAACUUCCUGGGCUUCCACAGGGUCUACUUGCUCAUGUUUGAGAACGCACUACGGCAGAAGAUCCCUUCAGUGACUGUUCCAUACUGGGACUCCACGCUGGACGAGGCCAUGUUCAACCCGGCACAGUCCAUUCUCUUCUCGCAGCACUUUAUGGGCAACGGAUUCGGCGUCGUUCGCACAGGGCCUUUCGCGGGAUGGACAACAUUGUCGGGACCACUUAUCCGAAACACCGGUCAGACCGGGCAAUUAUUCAGUUCAAGAGACAUCGCGCGCAUUUUAUCGAACAUCCGGGUGGCGCAGAUCACGGAACCCAACGCGCCUUUGAACUCGAGUCUGGAGUUCCUGCAUAACCAGGUCCACCUCUGGAUCGACGGACAGAUGGGGUCCCUAGAGACGGCCUCUCAUGACCCCAUAUUCUGGAUGCACCACGCUUACGUAGAUUACGUCUGGGAGCUCUUCCGUCAACGACAACGUCAGUUUGGCAUCGACCCCACAUUGGACUAUCCGUCGUUCGUUAAUAACUCAAUGCACACUGCUGCCCACCCCAUGGGCUUAGCCGGCUUCCGGAACAUCGAAGGCAUGAGCGACGUGUUUACGUCUGCUAUGUACACGUACGAGGCGGCCCCGCGCUGUUCCCAGCAGUUUCCGGACUGCGGCACGCCGUAUUUGCAGUGCUUGAUGGUCGGCUUCCAGCCAACAUGUGUGUCCCGAGACUGGUCGGCGGCUGCUUUCAUUCAACCAAUGCAGCAAUCUGUGUUUGGCAUAGCAGCCAACAUUGCCGCACAAACACAGCGUUUCGCAAUGCUGCAACAGCGUCGGCAGCAACAGCAACAAAUUAUGAUGCGCAUGCGCAGGAUUCAACUUCCGCCAUCCAGUCCGAUGUUCGAGAACGAGGCUGCAGCGUUAGACGACGCUUCCGAGAGAAUGUCAAGAAGGCGCAGACGGGAGGAAUUUAUGAGGUUGGACCGGGUCGCUCUUGUUCGAAGACUUAUCCGCGUUAGGAAAGCGAUCUGUGUUUAUCCUAAAAGCGCCUUCGAUGUCAAACAUGUUACUAUGAACCCACAUGUCCAAGACACGCGGUGGCCGCUACCUUACGAAGAUUAUGUGCGAAUUAAAAAAUCAAUGGCGUUCUAUAACAUGGUGGAAGCACCACCAAUGGUGCAGAACACGAACGACACAGUACCGCCCAUUCCACAACUCGCACCGGAAACGUGUUCGUCGGUGCCCAUGACCCAGGGCUAUCAAAAUACAUUCAACAUAAACGGCCGAAGCAACAUUCACCAGUGGGUAUAUAUUCCGGUCAAGGUCAUAUAUCAGCGACCCCCAACGUUUGACAGCUAUCCAUCUUACCCAAUAGUCGACGAGGAGGUUGAGGCGGAAGAUAUAUACUCACCAAACAGUUUCGCGAAUAUGAGGAGUGUUUUGCAGAGCGGCAAUCCUGCAAGCUACUCGAAGUGCAAUGCGCAAGAGAGCGGGGCAGGUCGCGUUUACGUUGUCUCUAAGGGCUUAAAUUAUAUGGGAACAUACAAGGAAUACACAGUUGUCGACCACCGCCUAGCCAUUUCCAUCGCAACAGGUUAUGUCGCUGUGAAAUCGCCCCAAUUCGGAGCGUCGGACGUUUUUCUCAGUGCAUACGAUUCCUGCGGACGCGUUUGCAUACCAUACUGCAAAUUGGAGGGCCAAUCGGGGUUUCAGCGCUGCUUUGGCGCCUUCCGCGUCACGUCCAGCUCACCGCACCUGUAUGGAACGAAUUACGGGGACGCUGUUACAAACUUGUGGCGCUUUGGGAAGGACAACUGUCCGGUGUUGCAGGACGAUAAUGUUUACAUUCAGUUUCAUUGUAGCUUCCGCGAAUCUUGGCCGUUUACAAUGACCGGAAAAGGCGCACUUGGAGGAGCACUGACGCCCGCAAGAGCAUCGAGUGGAGAGUUUGAGGAGCCAGAACCACCGGAAGUAGAAGGGGCCAGUACAAAAACAUGCCACGUGGGUGGUGGUUGCAUGGUAACAUCAUCUUGCACGAGUUGCGCACCGGGCCAAACGGUCCCGUGUCUAGGCACAUGUCAAGCAUUCGCUUCGUGCCAACAGGGGAAGUUAGUUGCAAACGUCUGUCCCAACGCCACGUGGUUCAACCCAAACACGGGGAUGUGCGAAAACGGACAGUGCUCCGCGAAACAGGGACAUGCGUUGCCCGCUGGCGGCACACGCUGUGAGGCUCACCACCGGCGGCGUUCUCGUCGACAGGCCGUCCGCCGCCGGCAGGCGAUCCCGCCGCUGCGCAUCCGUCGGGAGUACCGUAUGAUCAGCGACGCCGAGAGGGCGCAGUUCCACCGGGCCUUAAACAUGCUAAAGGAGGACACGUCCAUUCCCCCUAACCGUUUCGAUGCCCUUGGUCGUCUGCAUGAACUGCUCGGUGAACGCGCGCACGACGGGCCAAACUUCCUUGGCUGGCACCGGUUCUUCCUGGUCGUUGCCGAAAACGCUCUGAGGGAGAAGAUCCCCACGGUAACUAUCCCCUACUGGGACUCGACGCUAGAUGGCGACUUGAAGGACCCACGGGCGUCUUACAUAUGGAGUCACGAAUUCAUGGGAAACGGUAACGGGGUCGUAAAAAACGGCCCCUUAGCAGGCUGGACUACGCCGUAUGGACCUCUGAUGAGAAACUUCGGGGACGGCGGUACCAUGAUGAACUGGACCAGUAUUCGAGAUUGUUUUAACCGGCAGCAUCUCGCAGAGAUCUUGCAUCCGCAGGCCGCACCGGAAGCCAAUUUAGAGGAUCACCACGGAGAGCCACAUCUCUGGAUUGGCGGUCACAUGUCUCCGCAGGCUCUCGCAGGAUAUGACCCUAUCUUCCUACUGCAUCACUCAUUUAUAGACUUGAUUUGGGAGCUGUUUAGAAGGAUUCAGCGCCGAAAAGGUAUCGACCCUACGACCGAUUAUCCCACGACCAACACGGGUCCGCCGGGCCACCGCUUAACAGACUCUUCGGGCUUCGGCAGUCUGCAAAACAGUCAUGCCUUGAGCGAUAUCUUUACCUCCGAAAUGUACACGUACCAACUUCCGCCCACCUGCUCGUUGGCGCGACCAAACUGCGGUUCCUCUUACCUCGAUUGUGACACCUCCAAUGGCAAGCCGAAAUGCGUCGCUGGUUCCGUGUUCGACACGCCGCCGGGUGAGGUGUUCGAAAUUGACCGCAUUGCAGAGACUUUCGGGAAACGGAAGAGGCGCCAGGUGCCCGGCUUUGCAAACAACGACGAGCAUGUGAAUAGCUAUAUCCAGCAGCUUGAAACGGCUACUACCAUAAAAUGUCAGCCAGAAAACGUAAACGACCACUACGUUAAUAAUUACAACAUCGAUGGGGCAUCCGACAAAAGGCGUUGGUCAUUCAUUCCAGUUAGUGUGAUUGUUAAGAACGUUCACACCACAGCCGGCGAAAAUAUAACGAAAGCUGCGAUAUAUCCGAAGUGCGAAAACGACAAAACACUACCGUUGAAUGUUUACGUUGAAUCGAAUGGCUUAAACUAUCGAGGCUUUUACAAAGAAGUCGCUCACAUCCCGAAGGAUCUCGCCGUCAGUUCGACAUUUACUUAUAUCGGAAUACGUUCACCAUCUGUCAACGUGUCUGACGUCAUGAUAUCGGCGUACGACUCGUGCGGUCGAAUUUGUAGAGUAUUUUGCAAGUCCGGGCCCGAUCUUAAACAUCGUCAAACAGGAAGUAGUUACCAUCCGUGUCCGGGGUCGAUACGCGUGACACAAAGCUGGCCAUUGCAAUACGGAAAUGACGUUACGUCAUUUUCUAAGACUUUAUGGAAUGACGAUAACUUUGGUUACCCAAAUUUCAGAGAAGACCUUGUAUUUGUGAAAAUUGUAUGUGGCGAUGGAAUCACGUGGCCAUGGAGAAAGUAGCGUAAAUAUUUAUGUUGCUGACGUAACCAUUAUACAUAUAAGCAUGCAAUUUGCAUUAGGCAAUUAAAGGGACCUUUUCACGUUUUGGUAAACUGACAAAAUUGGAAAAAAUGUUUCAGAUUCGCGAUUUGUUGUUAUAAUACAGCAAUACUGAACAUUUAGGUCCAUGGGAGGGAUAAAAUUCAUUAAAACUUUGCUUUGGUUUUUCUUCAUUUAAUGUGGUACA